UGUCGCUGCAAGUUCGCUCUCCCGUGCGCUAGGCUUGGUGGGAAGGUCUGUUCUCGAGUCCGCGCUUUUCGUCGUCGCCAUGUCCGGAGGUGGUGUGAUCCGUGGCCCGGCAGGGAACAAUGAUUGUCGCAUCUACGUGGGUAACUUACCUCCAGACAUUCGAACCAAGGACAUUGAGGACGUGUUCUACAAAUACGGCGCUAUCCGCGACAUCGAUCUCAAGAAUCGCCGCGGAGGACCACCCUUCGCCUUCGUUGAGUUCGAGGACCCGCGAGACGCGGAAGAUGCGGUGUACGGUCGCGACGGCUAUGAUUACGAUGGAUACCGUCUGCGGGUCGAGUUUCCUCGAAGCGGCCGUGGUACAGGCCGAGGCGGCGGCGGGGGUGGAGGUGGCGGAGCACCCCGAGGCCGCUAUGGCCCCCCAUCCAGGCGAUCUGAAAACAGAGUGGUUGUCUCUGGACUGCCUCCAAGUGGAAGCUGGCAGGAUUUGAAGGAUCACAUGCGUGAAGCAGGUGAUGUAUGUUAUGCUGAUGUUUACCGAGAUGGCACUGGUGUCGUGGAGUUUGUACGGAAAGAAGAUAUGACCUAUGCAGUUCGAAAACUGGAUAACACUAAGUUUAGAUCUCAUGAGGGAGAAACUGCCUACAUCCGGGUUAAAGUUGAUGGGCCCAGAAGUCCAAGUUAUGGAAGAUCUCGAUCUCGAAGCCGUAGUCGUAGCAGAAGCCGUAGCAGAAGCAACAGCAGGAGUCGCAGUUACUCCCCAAGGAGAAGCAGAGGAUCACCACGCUAUUCUCCCCGUCAUAGCAGAUCUCGCUCUCACAUAUCUGAAGAGAUGGAUUAAGAAUGCUUUGGAUUAAGGAUUGUGGAGCACAUUUCAAUCAUUUUAGGAUUGUCAAAAGGAGGAUUGAGGAGGAUCAGAUCAAUAAUGGAGGCAAUGGUAUGACUCCAAGUGCUAUUGUCACAGAUGAAAUUGGCAGUAUUGACCUUAUACUAAAAGGCAAGCGUUAAAAAUGAUAUAUAUGCAUCUACCUUAAAACACUUGCAAACAUCUUAUGCAGUUAUCUUUACCUACAAUUGCUCUCCUCUUUAAACCUUGGCAAUUGUGGAAAAAUUAUAUUGCCCAUUUGUAACAGUUUAUUUUGCUCCCUUCCCCCCUUUUUUGUUUUAAUAGGGACUAAUGUGGGAAGAACUGGCUAAUUUGUCACAGUGCUUAGUUACAACUGUUAAUGUGUGACCUGCUGUUGGUGUACAUGUGGGUACAGGGUGUCUUUAAUUCCAACCAGAUAGAGUAUAAUAUCAAUACUGCUAAAUCUGCAUGUCCUCUGUGUGACUGAUAUAGCGUUGCUAUUUCAUUUUUUUUUUUAAGACAAAAUGAAAGCAAAUUAUAGAAUUCCAACAUAUUGGUGUAGAUAAUCUAGUUGGGAAUAUACUUUUUAAGUAUCAUCUUCCCCUUUAAACUAAUAUUCAUAAUUGACUCAUGUUUAAAACACUUUAAUUUACAAAUUAAAUUGCAGAUGGGAGCAUUAGAUUUAGUUUAGACUUAGGUGGGUAACAAUACCAGUAAACUUUUCAAAUACAUAACUUCUUGCAACCACAAAACCUGUAAUAACGCUGUACAGUAACAAGUGUUGGCAUUAUCAGUUGAACUGUAAAUAUAAAAUGCUUCUUCCAAUUAGUCUCUAUGAUAAUUAAGUUUCUAAAGUUUAUCUGAACACCAUUCAGAAACUUGUUUUGGGGAAUUUGAUAGUUAUUGAUGUACAUCUGUUAAACUGAUGACAGACAUAACUCAUCAUUCCCCAGAAACCUUUUUUGAUUACAGUAUCUAACAUUUUGCCUCCUCUUUUUUGGUUUUGCUGGUUAUAAAGGUUUGGAUUGGAGAGGGCUCACUGGAUCCCAAUCCUUGGAGCUGGAUCAUUGGAUUCAAAUCAUAAUGUGGAUAGGAUAGGGAGGAUGAAUUACAAGGAUUCAUGGAGCGGGAUCAGAUUACCAGGAACAUAGGAGUGGAUUCCUGCCCCAACCAAACCGCAUUCGUGUGGAUUUUUUUUUUUUUUAUUCAACUUAAUUGGCUAUUCCAAAGAUUUUUUUUUUUCCUAUUUUUGACGAUUGGAGCCCUUAAGAUGCACGAUGGAAUUGUGUUUUGCAUUUUUUGGUAAAAGGAGCAAAGCGAGGACCUGGAGAUAUACGCUGGAGCAAUCUCCUUGGAAGGAUUCAGCACGAGUAGAUGGUAAACAUUUAAAGGGGGAAAGGGGGGGGGUUUGUUUAAAAUAGUAAAUCAGUAAGUCAUUUCUAAAUUUAAAGAAAACAAAAUUGGAGUUGAAGAAUAAGUAGGUUUCCAAUUGGCUGUUGCCGUUUUUCUUUGAAAAAUAAACGUUUUUUAAAAAACUA